GCAAAUAUGAAAAAAUAAUAAACGGAGCAAAUUGAGAAUAAACCAGCCCUAGCUUCUGCCUUCUCGACUUCACUCUAUCUCAUUCGCCGCACGACCCGUCCUUUUCAGUGCAGGAGUCAUACUUAGUUAACUUUAUUUUGCAUGGCAAAAAGACCGGAUCCAGAUGAUGAUGAUGAUUUUAGUGAACUGUACAAGGAAUAUACUGGCCCACCAGGAACCACAGUUGCCAGUUCUGUAGAGAGGGCAAAACCAAGCAAGCGUUCUCAUGCAGGUUCAGAUGAGGAAGAGGAGUCACGUGACCCAAAUGCUGUCCCGACUGAUUUCACUAGCAGAGAAGCUAAGGUUUGGGAGGCUAAAUCAAAAGCUACUGAAAGGAAUUGGAAGAAAAGGAAAGAAGAAGAAAUGAUUUGCAAAAUAUGUGGAGAAUCAGGUCACUUUACUCAGGGGUGCCCCUCUACUCUCGGAGCAAAUCGCAAGUCUCAAGAUUUUUUUGAAAGGGUACCUGCUAGAGAAAAGCAUGUCAAAGCUCUUUUCACAGAGAAAGUUAUACAAAGGAUUGAAAAGGACAUCGGUUGCAAAAUUAAAAUGGAGGAGAAAUUUAUAAUUGUCAGUGGCAAGGAUAGGUUAAUUCUGGCAAAAGGUGUAGAUGCAGUGCACAAAGUUAUUAAGGAGGAGGGUGACCAGAGAGGUUCAUCUAAUUCUCACAGGAGCAGGUCUAGGUCACCUGAACGAAAUCCUGUUGGUACACAGUUGCGACGCUCUGAAUCCCAAAGGUCUCAUCCGAGUUCACAUAAUGCAUCACAGUUUCACCAGCGGUUUGGUAGGCAAGAUAAGGUUGUAGAAGACCGUGUUCGUGAAGAUCUUCAGAAAUUUUCAAGGGGUUCUCCACAAGCAAGAGCUUAUGGUAAUGAUGGAGCUAGAAGUCGUUCAAGCCAUUCUAAAUCUCCUCGUGGUCCCCCUUAUGCUGGCAACUUGUAUAAUUCAUAUGAUGGUCAUAAUCAGAGCAUGGUUGGUUAUAGGAAUGAUGGAUGGGAUACUGAGAGACGGGGAUCUGAUAUGCAUUCCACCAGUCAGAUGGAACACCCUACCUUUUUGCAGACAUUAGAAGAUUUAGAGGUGGAGUAUAAGAGGGAAGCAAUGGAACUUGGGAGAAUUCGGGACAAGGAAGAAGAUGAAGAGAAUUUUAAGCAUCGUGAGACUAUGAGGGAGAUGACAGAGAAUUACACUAAGAAACUGACUCAUCUAAGAGGCAUGCAUGCAAAACAGUGGGAGGAUUUUCUUCAACUUGAUGCCCAAAGGCGUCAACAGCAAGUGCGGGAACAAAUGUCUAUCUCAGGUUUUGGUGGUUAUAAGCAGCAUAACUAUUCCAGCUAUGAUGGUUCCUCAACCAAUCCUCACUAUGCUGGGGCCAGUGUACCUAUGGAUUCAAGGGGCAGGUAUACAAACCCAAUGGAAGAUUAUCAUCCUUCAAGGUCUCAUGACAACUAUGGUGGGUUUCAACGUCAGAGACGUGAAGACUUCGGGAAAUCUUACAAUCGAUACUAAUUUGCCAUACAGGUUCCACAAAAUCUGGGUUGGAGUAAUCACCAGGGGAAGCUGAAUGGCUAAGUAGGUUAUUUGGACUUGGGAAGGAACAAUGUUUCACUAGGAAUGUUUUGUUCAGUUGGUUCCAUCUCAAUCUGGUAGCUCAGUAUUCUUCAGAACUUUGUUGUAAGGAUGUGAGAUAAUUUUUGGUUACGGUUAGUGCCUAUUUACUGGUAUUUGGAAAUUACCAACUGCUGAAUAGUUGAUAUUUGUUUGUUUCUUGACAAAUUUUUUGAGUAAAAUUAGAAGUGUUUCUUUUGAU